GAUGAGACAGCGUAAUAACGUGGGUUAUUGUAGCGAUAAUAACAAUCCCUGGGGGUUUGUACUAAUAACAACAAGCCAGGGAGCUGCUGUAUAUAUGCCAUGUGUGUUUGCCUAUGGUUGUGUUGGACUCCUCGGGCCUGCUACCCAGCUUGUGUACGGCUGAUAUAUUAGACAGCAGCUCUCACCUGUGCCACUGCUGGCUGCUGCCGAUCUGUCAAUCUGCUUAUUGGUUCCAGUGUGCCCGAGGCAAUUGAGUCUUGUCAGAGAGAUAAAUAGAAGUCACACUUUAACCCAUUUCAGUGACACACAGAGGUUGACCGCUGUAACAGCGAGAGGGACUUUACACUAAAGGUCACACUCCUUUCUUAUCCGAGAACUAGAGAUGACCUCUACGGAAGAGUCCAUCUCCAAUAUAUCUGAUAUUCAUGAUCAAGGAGAGAAAAAAGUUGAAAUCCAUCAAGCUGAGAGGACAGAGUCAAAUCCAACUCUUCUGGAGAGCACAGAGGAUUUUGAAAUAAUAGACAGCGCUGUGGAAGAAGAUGAUCUGAGCGAUCUUCCUCUUUUGGAGGAUGUAGAGAAGAAGGAGAAUCCUGCAGCUGAGAAUGAUUCAGAAAAACAGCAGACCGAUGCAAAGGAGGUACAAGAAUGGUUGGAUGUCCUAGGUAAUGGGAUCCUGAAAAAGAAGGUUUUAAUCUCUGGAAAGGGUGCUGAAAGUAGACCAAGAAAAGGACAGGAUGUUACUGUGCAACUAAAGUCCAUGCUGGAGAAUGAAAAUGUAGUAGAAGAUCAAGAAUCUCUUACCUUCACAUUGGGAGACGGUGAUGUCAUUCAGGCCCUGGACCUGUGUGUUCAGCUCAUGGAGGUGGGAGAAACAUCCCUCAUUGCAUCAGAUGCCAAGUACUGCUAUGGAAAGGAAGGCAGGAGUCCAGACAUUCCACCCAACUCCAACUUGAACCUUGAAGUUACCCUGCUGGAUGUUCAAGAUGGACCAGAUCUAGAGAACCUUUCUGGACAGGAGAAGCUGAAUUUGGCCAACAAGAAACGGGAACGGGGCAAUUUCUAUUACCAGCAAGCAGACUAUAUUUUUGCUAUAAAUUCCUAUGACAUAGCACUAAAUGUAGUGAAUUCAAGCUCCAAAGUUGAUUUCAGUUCAGAAGAAGAAUCCUCUUUACUGGAUGUCAAAAUGAAAUGUCUGAACAACCUUGCAGCAUCACAGCUGAAAUUAGACCAUUAUGAGGCUGCCCUGAAAUCUUGUAAUAUGGUGUUGGAGCACCAGCCUGAAAACAUUAAGGCUCUGUUCCGAAAAGGAAAGGUGUUGGCACAGCAAGGGGAGUACAGUGAUGCUAUCACUAUCCUAAGAAAGGCCCUGAAACUGGAGCCUGCCAAUAAGACAAUACAUGCUGAACUUUCCAGGCUAGUGAAAAAGCACACAGACCAGCGGAAUGUAGAAAGUGCCAUGUACAAAAAGAUGCUGGGGAAUCCAAGCAGUGCUUCUGCAAAGCCUGCCUCCAAGUCUUCUUGGUCCAUCCCUUGGAAGUGGCUUUUUGGGGCAACAGCUGUGGCAAUAGGAGGUGUUGCACUGUCUGUCGUAAUAGCGGCUCGUAACUAAUCCAUCAACAGUAAUGUGUGAGGACCGAAGCCAUUACCUUCAGGAGGAAGGUCUAGCAACAGUGUCAUCCAUUCUCAAACAACCCUGAAGUGGAAACUUUUAUGGAUACAGUGUUCAAGUGAGAAAAGAGAAAAUGUGCAUAAACUGUACUUUUUAUAUAGAUCAACUCCAAUUUUGCUCACUUAAAUUAAUGUAAAAUUGUGCACCUGUUCAGAGAAAAGCGUAAUUAAAAAAAAAAGUUGGUAACAAAUCGUUAAUUUACUGUUCGGAUCUGGAGACUAUAGUCCGUGGCACGAGAGUUCUUUUCUCAGUUCUGUAUCUAAGAUAUAUAUAUUUUAGGAGCUAUAUGUUCUGUUCAUUAAGAUUUUCAAUCCAAAGACUGCAGAAACCUUUUCAAUCCUGGCCUUUGCAUUCCAGUAUAAGAGGAGACUAAAUGAUUCUGAGUGACCUGUAGCCACACAAAUCAUUUGCUGUCAUGAUGGCACGGCACAAAGAUAUUGUUAUGAAAGUAAAAUACAUAUUACAUGUAUGUAAUACAUGUGUAGCUCACGUAUUUCUUCUGAGAUACUGAUCAGAGAGUAUGAUAUGUUAUGUUUAGCUAUAUAUGUAUAUAUUAUUAUAGGGAAAGCAUCUGUAAGCCAAGGUGAAGUUUGGAGAGCUUUCUAUCAUGUACAGGGGAAGGCAUAGAGGACCAACUUUGUAUAAUGUCUUGUUAAAGCAGUACAACCAGGAUCUUCUGUGUAAAAUUAGCUGUUGAACUUUGUUGCUGUGUUUCAUGCUGGUUUUUCAUUAAAAACUGGAAUAUUUCUUAAAGAAACAGUCUUGGCUUUGAGAUGUUCGGUUUAACUGGACUACAGCUUUUUUUUCUCAAUAGUUUGGUGACAUUUCAGUAGGGGACAUCAUAGGUACAUUCUAUUGCCACAAAUAGCUUGGUCCGAAAUGGAUUAGUUAUGUUAUGUCAAUAUAUUUAUUUUAAUCGUGAAUUAUUAGAGCAUUGGGUUUAGCUGUUUAUCAACACUUGCGUUGUAGUUAAGAGACUAGGUAAGUGAGGGAAGUAUCAUGCUGGAAGAUAUUUGCGUAAAGAGAGAAAGUAAGAAUAGUCAAAGUGCUAACUGCCACUAGUACAUAAGCUACAGCAACAAACCAAAGGGUUGACUGCUUUAUGCCAUGUAAUUGAUUACUAGGUGCUGGUGUGAACUUUUACCAUAAUAAAUUUAAUUAUACCACUGCUCCACCUUAAGUCUUGUCUUGGUAAGUAGGAUUGUCUGUAGAAUUACCUUGUCCAGCUGUUAAAUACGAAUUAUUGAAUUAAAGAAUGACCAUGUCCAUCUGAGGUAUCUGCAGUAAGCUAAUGUCACACACUGUUUUUCCCCACCAGCUGAGAAAACACUUUGUAUGUAGGCAGAGACAGGAAUUCUAUCCAACUGUCACUGCAAUAACUACAGUUUGGCCAGAAAAACCUGAUCCAAAAACAAUGUGACGUUAGCUAUAUGGGCAAAUGUAAUAAAAGGUGCAAAGUCUAACCACAUAUAGCAAACAUUCAACAGAAAGCAUUUACUGUUCACCUAUUAAAAUUAAGCCACUUAUUGGUUGCUGUGUGUUACCACACCUAGGCAAACUUUGCACCUUUUAUUAUAUAGAAGGGGUUUUAGAUCUCCAUUUGAAAUGUUUAAACGCACUGUGCAUUAUCAAUAGCUUUGUCACUUUAAUUGAAACAAUGGCUAGUGAUCUUUAUAAACACCACUAACUGUGUAGACAAAGCAACCUUUUCUUUAUUCACAGAGUUAUGCAUGAUGGAUGAGGGUGACUUGUUGCUUCCUAUGCCAAGGUGUAGAUUACAAACACAGUACCCCUAGUGGUUGCCAGCUUGGCUGAAUCUAACAGUGUGACAAAAUCCUCUUGUAUAAAUGCAGAGAAAAAAACACGCUGACCCCUUAUAAUUUAUACAAAAGUAAAAGAUAUCACACACUUACGUAUGAAGCUUCAUAUCCCAAAAUUUAAGGUUAAAAAAAAAAAAAGUUUUAUUAAUAAAUGUUUAAUAGAAAAUGUAUAUUGAUCUACAGAUAAAAAUAAUUGUGUUUAAUUUGAUUGCUGAAUAAAUAGUCACCUUGUUUAA